GUGCUGAGCAGCAACACCAGCUACUACCUGAGACCCCUGGGGCCCCCCGAGCCCGGCCUCCACCUCAUCCAGCGAGCAGAGCACCUGCCCGUGCCAGGGGGCACCUGCGGGCACAGCCAGCACCUGGGGAGCACCGUCGCUGGCAUUGCCCGGCUCUUCCAGCCACGGCACCCACGGGCCAGGAGAGAUGCCUGGAGGACCAUGAAGUACAUGGAGCUCUUCAUCGUUGCUGAUCACACCCUGUUCAGGAACCAGAACCUCAACCUGGGCCACACCAAGCAGCGCAUCGUGGAGAUCGCAAACUAUGUGGACAAGUUUUACAGGCUGCUGAACAUCAAGGUGGCCCUGAUUGGGCUGGAGGUGUGGACGGAGCGGGACCAGUGCGAGGUGAGCAGCGACGCCAACGCCACGCUCUGGGCCUUCCUGCAGUGGAAGAAGUCACUGAGGGCGCGCAAGAAGCACGACAAUGCCCAGCUGCUGACAGGGAAGACCUUCGGGGGCACCACCAUCGGGAUGGCCCCGCUGGAGGGGAUGUGCAGCGCCGACAACUCCGGAGGGGUCAGCGUGGACCACGCGGAGCAGCCCAUCGGAGCCGCCGCCACCAUGGCCCACGAGAUCGGCCACAACUUCGGCAUGGUGCACGACACGCAGGGCUGCUGCCUGGAGGCCACCCCCGAGCAGGGCGGCUGCGUCAUGGCAGCGGCCACGGGGCACCCCUUCCCUCGCGUGUUCAGCUCCUGCAGCAGGAGGCAGCUGGAGAGCUACUUCCAGAAGGGAGGGGGCAUGUGCCUCUUCAACCUGCCCGACACCAAGGACCUGGUGGUGGCACGGAAAUGUGGCAACGGCUUCCGGGAGGAGGGAGAGGACUGUGACUGCGGGGAGGUGGAGGAAUGCACCAACCCCUGCUGCAACGCUCACAACUGCACGCUCAAGGAGGGGGCCCAGUGUGCCCACGGCGACUGCUGCCACAGCUGCAAGCUGAAGGUGGCUGGCACACCGUGCCGGGAGGCGGCGGGCUCCUGUGACCUGCCUGAGUUCUGCACGGGGGCGUCCCCGUACUGCCCGCCCAACGUGUACCUGCUGGACGGCUCCUCGUGUGCCCAGGGCCAGGCCUACUGCAGCACCGGCAUGUGCAUGACCCACCAGCAGCAGUGCGUGCAGCUCUGGGGGCCAGGAGCGUGGCCAGCGCCCGACGCCUGCUUCCAGGACGUGAACAUGGCAGGGAACACCUACGGCAACUGCGGCAAGGACAGCCAGGGCCGCUACGUCAAGUGUGACAAGAGGGAUGCCAUGUGUGGGAAGAUCCAGUGCCAGAGCUCUGCCAAGAAGCCCCAGGGCACCAACACGGUGUCCAUCGACACCACCAUCCGCCUCAAGGGCCGCGAGGUCAAGUGCCGGGGCACCUUCGUCUACAGCGCCAAGGACGACCAGGAGGACCUGUCCGACCCGGGGCUGGUCCUGACGGGCACCAAGUGCGGGGAUGGCAUG